AUGGGGUACGCACAUAACAACAAAAGGAGAAACAAAAAGGUGAGCGGUUCCGAUGUUGGCCAUUAUUUAAAAGGAAAGGGUCCCCGCAAGAGUUGCAAAGAAAGUAAGCCAGUCGAAUUGUGCGGUCAGAAUGUGCCUCAUGGCGGGGGGUUCCACGCGCAUAGCGAUGCGCUGCUUGGAGGGCAAGGCAUGAGGCAUUUUUACAGAAGGGCAGACAGGAUGACAAACGGGAUGGCAAACGGGAUGGCAAACGGGAUGACAAACGGGAUGACCUGCAGAAUGCCAAACGGGAUUCCCUGCAGAAUGCCAAACAACACUUACAGCUAUUGUAGAGAGGAUGGCGCAAGGGGGAAGGCUGGAGAGGCCACGUACGUCUUUUACGAGCCACUCAGAUAUCCCGCCUUUAAGAUGGCGGACAGGCGCAGUGGGGGAGGCGGCGAAAAUGGUGAUGAGGAGAAAGACGCCGCAAAGAGGAACAAACGUGAAGCAUCCGAGGAGGGUAAAGUGGUGCCCCCCCCUGCGGGUGACCAAAAUGGAGAGAGCUAUGGAGGCGCUGAGGAGGUGAGCAUCGCCACUGCGCAUUUAACCCACAUAGGGAAGACGAAGAAGCAGAGGAGUAGGGACAACCUGGGGGUGAAGAAGCAAAGCAGUAAAGAUAAUCAAGAAGUGAAGAAUAACCGUGAGAGGGGGGAUGACACCGCGCAGGUGAAGAACCUCCCCGGGGGAGGGCCGCCUCGAAAAGAAGCCAUGCAACGAGUGGAUGGCCAAAUGAAGGACCACUCGAACGCCAACUCCUCAGUGGAGACUCAAAUGAGCUCAGCGUCCUCUUCCAUGGAGGGUAUCUCUUCUCCAGUUAGAGGGAAGAGAGAGAGAGGCAACUUCUUCAUCCCAAUAACCGCUCCAACAGUGCUAAGACACCCAAAGGAAGUUACAAACGAAGUGAAAUUCAUUCUGCACAUGACCAUUUUAACUCUCUACAAGGAUCAGAUCAAACCUACGUAUAAGAAGAUUAAGCAUCGACUAGGAACCUUCCAUCAAAAUGCAGAAUUGGAAAAUAAUUUUCUGGAAAUCUGCUUGUCUCUUCAAAAUGAGUACCUCGUCGUGAAGUCCAAGAGGAAUAAUCUCUUUGUUCUGUUGAGGGAGACUCCCAAAUGGUUUAGUGGCUGGAUAAAGACAAGAAGUUUUGUUAACCCCUAUCCGGAGGUCAUGUGGAGGAAGUUCGCUCGUCACCUUUUGCAUGCAUGCAGGGCGGGAGCCACGGGGGAGUCUCCUCCUGGAGGUCUGCUGGCUAUACAGUUUGCUAAGCAUCUGUUCAGGAAGGGGCACUUGUUUUCCCUAAGUUCGGACGCGCUGGAGGGGGCGCUCGGUUGGUUUGGUGAGGGUAGUAGUACCCCACAUGGUGAGCCUGCGGGGAACCCCCGGGGGCUCUUCACCUUCAACCUGCUCCACGACAGCUUCUCCUACUUCUCGCGCGUAAACGACGCUGUUGUGCGGCUGGUCGAGGGCUCGCUCGUCGGUCUGCACCAGUCCAUUUUGGCCCACAAUGGGAGAAGCGGUGAAAUGGCCAGCAAUGAGGGGCGAAGCGGUGCAGCGGCAAGCAGUGGUGAGGGAAGCGGCGACCCCCCAGUCGCGUGGGAACUAGACAGCGACAUUUACCAGGUGGCCGACAGACUGAAGAAGAGAGGCGUCCCGUUCCUCAGCGACUACUCUGUGGGGAAAAUCGCUCAUAUAGUUCAGCUGGGGCUCUACGGGGGGCUGCUGCAUGAGGAGGGCCAGGCGAUCAAGCCGGCCUGCUGCUGCAGGGGCGUGGCCGCGUCGGUUUGGGGGGGUGGAAAAAUGGGCGGGCAAGUUAGCAGGCAAGUUAGCAGCCAAGUGAGUGGAGAGGUGAGCGGCGAGGUGGGUGACCCCCCCGGGAGUGGCCUCACAACCGAGGAACCCCCCCACCAGGUGAACUUCCGCUGCGUCGAGCGGCAGGGCCCCCCGAGGGGAGAGAUCGAUGGGGGGGAGACCGAGGAGGCGCCCGUUACACGCAUCUUCGGAAGGCACAUGGAGGGGGCGGACGCAAAUAUGCUGUGCAGUGAUGCCUCUUUACCAUGCUGUGAUGCCUCUUUACGAUGGCGCGACACCCAGUGGUGGCCCCAAACCGGGGGAGGCGGCUCCCAAGAGGGAAGGUGCGAAGGAGUCCCCCUAGUGCCAACCGCGGAGGAUGCCAAAGUUAAAAUCGACCAGCUCCUAAAAGGAAGCAACGAAAGGAUAAUCUUCUUCUGCUCAUUUAAAGAUAAAUUUUUUAAAAAAUUUGAAGAAGUGUUAAGUCCCCUCCAGUUCGGCUGCCGAAGUUUAAUAGAAUUUCUUUUUUUCCACUGCCAAGAAGUGUGCAAGCUGUUCCUCCUCAAUAGGAAUGUCAUCUUGGUGCCCCCCAGUUGUGAUGAGCAAUCUGUAAAGGACAUUGUGAGGGAGGAACAGGCGGACGACGACGACGACGAUGGGGGUGAACAUAUAAUUGAGCAGUUUGAUUACGAGGACUACGUCUCCAGGGUGGCCUACGAUCAGAAGAGCGGUCAGACUCAACAGGGGGGUCUUCAAAUCCGCACUGUGCUGAAGGACCUGGGGAGGAGGAGGGACACUUUCUUUAUUACCUUUUCCUUUUGGAAGUGCGUAGCGGGCAGGGGGAAGGCGCCCCCGCGGUGAAGGAGGAGAAGAAGUAGAAGCAAAAGAAGUAGACGGAGGAGAAGUAGAAGUAGAAGCAGAGGAAGAAGUAGACGGGGAGAAGAAAAAAUGAACCCCUUCAAACCUUCAAUGACGUAAGAGCAGCGUGUCUGGGAAUACCAACAUGGCCAUCAAGCGAUGGGAAGGGAACUCAGUUGUUCCCCUCGCAGGUGACGAACGAACGCGGAGAUGUCACUCCCCCCGGUGCAACGCUUCUCUUGACGCAGCUGACCCAAACGGGUAACUCAGUGCCGUUAGCAGCUCGGUGUAGUUUAUCAACCCUGUUGGAGUGUGUAUUUUGUUUUUUCCUUUUUUUUUCCUUUUUUUUUUUCUUAUUUUUGUUUAGGGUUCACACCCUGGGGGUGGUGGCCCCCGUUAGACUCCUCCCCACGGGACGUCGGAUGCGAAUGAUUUGGCUCCCCGCCGUGGGAAGGUGCGUAUGUAGCAAAGCGGUGAUGCCGAACGGGGGAGCAAAAGGAGUGAGGGAAAAGCCAUCACUCGGAAGCGGCCGCAGGAGCGAUGUGCGUUUCGUUGCGCGCGCCCCCGUCGACCCC